GUAUUCGGUUUAGCAUUCGUAUCCGUGCCGUAAGUGCUAAUUUGUGUCUCUGUGUGCUGUUGAGCGACGCGUGCAGUGGCUCCGCGCGCUGUAUUUGCCGAAAUGGGAGACGUGUUUUGUCUCAUCAUACUACAAAGCGGCAACAGGCGAAAACUGAAGCUGACGACUGGAACCUACGUCGAGCUGCUGGAGAAGCUGGCCGGAAUCGUGGAAUUUGAUUCUGAAAACACCCUGGUCCAAAUAUUCGAUGCUGACCUGGACGACUUUGUAGACCUUUUGCCUGGAGAUGCAAUCCCAAACAAAGCAAAGCUGCGCGUUUUUUCAAGAAGUGCUUCAACUAUGUGCGGUGUACCAGUGUCUACCUGUGGUUUCAACGCUCCACCCGCUUGUACACCUCCUCAGGCUCCUUGUGCAAGCAAGGCAGCUUCAGUCCAUGGAGAAGGUGAUGUUUCACUGCAAGCAAGUGAUGCGGCAGGAAUUCAAGAAACCGAUGACUACGCUAUGGAGACAUCACAAUCAGUGCUCUUCAUUGAAAUACCUAGAUUGCCUGUGACCUCGUCAGACGCUGCCGUACAGACCACUGCAGAGGCUGAGAGUGAUACACCUGGGGGGCCUGGCGCCACAGCUGUGACGCUCAUGCACGUUCAAGAUGAGCCGAGUGCGGUGCUGCCCAACAGGCCGGCUGAGCGCCGGAGACGUGGUGUCAAAAGACAACACUGCACCCAGCCCUAUGGCGGGGCAUAACCGCGAUGACUGUUUCAAGUUUGAGCUGCCUCCUUCCUUCGGCAUCUCGUGCGACACCCUCUUGGAAAAUAAGCGGCCGGUCACUGCGAAAGUCAGGAGGCACAUCGUUUCGGUCCUUUUCAAGGCGUGCUGCAAAAUGACUCUAUAUCCAACAAACAGGCUGUACAAUAGAGUACUGGACUCGUUGGUGACAAAGUACCCACACGUGGUGGAAGGAAAGUAUGACAGGCGUCGCUGGUUGAUCGCCCUGAAGAGCAGGUUUAAAACUGCACGGCAAAAGCUUCCAGAGUCUACAGCUGCUGUGGAUGAAGCAAGAAAAAGGUGUGGACUCAAGCGGACACUAGCUGACGCCGAUGGCGAGCAUGCCUAUGCUCAUGCACAGCACAUGCCUGUGAGCCAGAAGUCACCUCCGAGUUCAUCAACCAACUUGCAUGUGAGCCAGGACAAGCCAAGCCAGCGGGAGUCCGGUGGGCCCGAUGACACGUCUUCUGAAGCCUUCGGGGCUGAACAUUCUCACACGUUUGAAACCACGCCUUCGGACUCUGUGGAGUCGUGCUCUGCAUCAGACUCGACUGAGUCUCGAGCCGAGAGUAAACAGCCGGAAGAAGAGGAGUCUCUGGAUUGUCCGGACUAUUCCGACGCUGUCUUGGAGGAUGUCACCGAUUCUGACCUGCUUGGAAUGUGCACCGACGAAGCGGCCUCGGAAACUCUGAUGGCAGAAGAAUGUGGCCGAGCUUCCCCAGACAAAAGAAAAAGUUGUGAAAUACCAGCAGAGGAAGUCGCGUACUACACGAGAGCGCAAGCUUCCCCAGACAAAAGUAAAAAUUGCGACGGACCAGCAGAGGAAGUCACGUACUACACGAGAGCGCAAGCUUCCCCAGACAAAAGCAAAAGUUGCGACGGACCAGCAGAGGAAGUCACGUACUACAUGAGAGCGCAAGUUUCCCCAGACAAAAGCAAAAGUUGCGACAUACCAGCAGAGGUAGUCACGUAUUACACAAUAGUGCAAGCUUCCCCGGACAAAAGAAAAAAUUGCGACAAACCAGUAGAGGAAGUCACGUACUACACGAGAGUGCAAGAUUCCCCAGAAAAAAGAAAAAAUUAUGACAAACCAGCAGAGGAAGUCGCACGCUACACGAGAUCCCAAGCUUCCCCUGACAAAAGGAAAAGUUGCGACAAACCAGCGGAGGAAGACACGUACUACACGAGAGCGCAAGCUUCUCCGGCCAAAAGAAAGAGUUGUGACGAACCAGCGGAGGAAGUCAGCCGUCAAGAGGUCAGGCCAAGCCCGCACCCAGAGGAGCAAGGGGAGAGCUCGUCUGACUGUGAACCUGACUGUGAAGAUUUCAAAUUGCCUUCGUUUGGCAUUUUUGAUGAUUUGCUCCGGAUCCAGGUGCCAGUCAACACCCUGAUGCAGCGUACCAUCAUCUCCAAGCUCUUUGAUGCUCUCUGCAAAGACACUUUGUACCCAUCAGCAUAUCAGUACGAUGUAGCCGUGCACAGCCUGUUAAAGAAGUACCCACACCUGUCGAACAUCAGGGGAGGAAAAACAGGAAAGGAGUUCUGGAGGAAGGCACUAAAAGCUAAGUUCAACACCUUUCGAACCAAAGUGGCAGGCAGUUUGUGGAAGAAACGCAAGGCUCGGAGCAAGUACGGGCAAGUAGAACCGGAUAAUGGAGCUUCACAGCACAUCUCUCGACCUCUGUACAUUGAUGUACGGCUGUCGGAAGACAAUGACGAGGCAUGUGAGCAAAGCGAAUCCGAAGCUUCUGCAGGAUCAGACAGCACGGACUACCGCAAGCAAGUGCUGGUCGCCAAGGCGAGGCAUGUCGCCGUUCGUGACAUGACAGUGGAGAAGGCCAUUUCGACUUAUCCCACGUACAGGGAAGAGUCGUCUCUGCUUGGAGAGUUCAACAUCCUCUGGAAGGCUGACAUUGCUGACUGCUUCGAGAAGGGCAUCAAGAAGCUGUUCCUCAUACUAAUGAACUGCGGCACAAACGGAGAGAUCCAGGCAAUGUCUAAGCCUGGAAACGACAUUCUGAUGGCGGUGUUGAAUGCCAUUGCCAGGAGAUGCGGGGAGAGGCUGGGUUCCAUCUUGAUCGAGGGCAACGCGCUGGCAACACCCUGCCUCGUCAUGCACGUCAACAAGAGUGUCGACGUGUUCGUCAACAGUGUCCACCUGUUCACCGCGUCAUCUCUGCUCGGAGGCCUCUGUGCACUGUUUGCCUCUUUCUGGGUGUUCCAUAUCAAAUACUCCCAGCAUGCGAAGGGCAUCCUGACGUUUCUGGAGCACGCCUUUCUCGACUUCAACUACACCACGCCGCAGAACAAAUGCGAAAGGUUCAUCAAUUUGUACAGAAGGGGAUCAUUGUAGUGUAAGUUUGUUGUCGAGUGCAACCAGAGGGGACUAUGCUGUGUUGGUGGUGCCGCAGUGCUUUAGAGAAGUUGUUAAUUUUUAAACUUUUAGUCAUUGCAAUGAUCACUGCUUGCAAAUUAGAGAUCUCCUCAAGCAAGUUUAUCUUCAUUACAUUUUCUUAUUCCCCACUCGAACGUGAUUUCAUGUUAGGCGCAGACUGGUCAUCAAGGAACCGUGACAACUAAAGCACUGUGGCAAGUUGUGCAACUCGACACAAGUGCGUUUUUAACUAGUGUGAAUGCAAUAACACAGUGGAUUAACAUAACAGUGUGGUGUGUUGUUCUGUACUCUGGGUAUCUCAAUGUUUCUUCAAUUCUGCAGCGUUUAAGUUGAAAGUGUUUUAUACGUCACCAGCAGUUUAAGAUCAAUAAGAAUGGGAAACCUACAAUUUCUUGCCAGAAUCCCGAUUGCUGAAAUUACUGUCUUUUGAAGUUAACUAACAGUGUUGGGCAGAGACUUGUAAUCAUACAAGGACAUUGAAUAAGAGGCCGAAAGAAUGAAAUGUUGUGUGCUCCUUAUUCUUUGUCCUUGACUUAAUGUGCUGCUUUAACACUGUGUUGAAGGCAGUCAAUGCCUCAAGUCACAUUGUACGUUAGCCUUGCCCUUGUUCUAAAUUUGGUCUGAGCCAGUUUUAGUUUCUUAAUCAUUCAACACGCUACCGCUCAACCGAGGUGAGCAGCACACCUUCACAUGAAUAGGUUGUCACAAGUGCCUUGAAAAACUCUUAACUUGCUGUUUUGGUAAACUGUGCUCAUUAAUGGCACCUGUCUUAACAUAGCGUGGACUGCCUUCAACCUCGAAGAGGACAGUGGAAUCUCCACUGACUGCCUAAGGAACAGUGUUCUGAAGUUGAACUGUCUGUUGGAGCCUGCGAUAUCUUGUCACUCGGUGCUUGCAAAAGGCAAGGGAUAACCUGCCCGCACAAAAACAAUACAUACUGCAUGUUAGUAUAGGCAGUGUCUGUUAGUAUAUGCGUGUUAGCAUAUGGCAGUGUCUGUAGUAUAAAGCAUGUUGCUUACACCAUUUUGUUGUGUUGUUUAUGGUGUACAUAUAUUUUUGUAAAAGCUGUGUGUACAGAGAACAGCAAAAUGCAGAAUAAGCUAUGGCGUCUUCGAGAAGUCAUAAUAUAGUGAUACACAAAAGAGAGUUUUAGAAUAGGUGCCCUAAACGUUUUGGGACCCCAAAGAAAUAGCUUCGAAGCUUCUGCGCAUGCGCGAGACGCAAACUGCGUUUAGGUUUUGCGUCGGGCAUGCUAUUUCACUGAUUUAGCAGGAGCCCCAAAAGCUGCCCCAAAAGCUUUGCAUCAAAAAACAUGGCGGCGCCCAUCGAAGCAACGGCUCGAACCGAGCGUCAGACUGUGCUCGAUUCGUGGUAAUAUGUGAAGUUCGUAAGCUAGGAGAAGUGACUGCGGUUAUCACUUUCUCUCAACUAACAUGUGUAAUGAAGAUUGAUUCAUUAGACGCCGCUGAUCCCGAAUUUGCUUGUCGCUUUCAUGGCUCGUAGGCCUAACAUGGAUUAGCUUGGCUGGUGAAGGCAAGUAAAGUUGGUUACUCAAAAUUAAGCGCAAUAAGGUAGGUGGCUUGGCCACAGGAUUAAAUUGUAAUUCAACGCAGAAACAUGAAAGUCAAAAUUACUUUUCUUAUCAUAAAAUAGUAUAGAUUAUUUUAAUAUUUAUACCAGUUUUUCUUUGACACCGUAGUGGCGUUGCAAGUGCAAGACGCUAUUCGCAAACGCAAACCCCUAUUCUAAAACUCUUCACUCCUGCAUGCCCAAACGCUAACACCCGCUAAGCUCUUUGGGGGCACCAAACUUUUGGGGCCCCUAUUCUAAAACUCUCUAAAGUCUGGAAAUGUCUUUGAGGAUUUACAGAAGCUUUUACUUCAAAACUAAGCAAUCUCCAUUACAUGUUACGAGGGCUGGCAACUUAUGUUCCAGCCAGCUUAUUCUCACAAUAUUGGCUGAUUUUAACAAUUGUGUAGUGAUGAAAUUAGUCUGUGACCUUGUGAGAAUAAACUUCAGUAGUUUGUUGUCUUUUUGACAGUGUCUGUAGUAUUUAACAAGGAAAAGCAGCCUGUUUCUUUUA